AUGUUAAUGUUUAUUUUCUUUUUUGAAGAAUACAAUACAAUGGCAGACAAUGUAAACCUAAGAAUCGCACCCAUUGGACCGGUGCAGAGCUCAGAUGACUUGAAAUCUCAAAGAGGAGCACACACUUCCUCCUCCACCAAGAAGCCGAUUGAUGAAGUGGAGCUCCCGGUUAGUCAUCCCUUCGAAUGCAAUGAAAACCAUUCUUUUCAAACCGCAACGGAGGCGAGGAAGUCCACUCUCGGAGGCCCUCAGCUGCAGACGGAAGUAAGGGGUCGAUCCCACAUGGCUGAGCCGGUAAACGAUGUGAAGUUGUUAGAAUACCAGUCCUCCGAAGCUACCGACAAUGGACACGGAACAAUCACGUCAGACGAAAUCAAUCAUAGUUCUGGUGAAUCAGACUUGCAAACAGACGUACGAAAUCGUUCUCAUCACACUAAUUCGGUAAACAGAGGGAAAUUUUCAGAGAGUCGGGAUAAAAACGAGGUAGAAGGGAAGGCUUCUGAGCUUGUCAUGAAGCUAUGCAAUCAGCUGCGCGUUGAUCUUACACAAGAAUUCAAUCACCAUCUCCAACUAGUUCUUGAAAACGCGGUGGAUCGAAUUCUGGAACACUCGGAUGCAGAGAAUUUGAUGAUAAAUCGCAACUGGUUGAAAUCAAACAUGUCGGAUAAAACGAGGAUUGCAUCGGAGUCGGACAGAUGGCUUCCGGAGAAAAAUUUUCGCCACCGGAAUUCGGUUCUGACAGAUCUUUUUAAGAUUUCUCAUAUUGAAACUGUCUACCACAUCUUCAUCGCCGUUCUGCUCAUCUUUGCGCUGAAUACCAUACUGUCGGAUGCUGUGGAGAAGGGCGGUAUAGUGCAUGUCUACCACCUCGAGCUCCUUGAAUGGACUUUUAAGGGCCUCUUCAACGUGUUUCACUGUUGGAUUGUAAUGUUUCUUUCAACAAGCCUUUGCAUCUACCUUGCCUUUAUUGUAUGGGCGUCGAAAAGGAAGCCAGUCUCCAGAUUCACUAACUUCGACCUUGGUUUCCUCCUUCUUUACGUUGCCUAUCAAGUGGCCUUCAUAAUACUACCAGUGAUUUUCAUUUUGAAAAAUGAAAUUGCCCCAUCUUCAACGGCAAUCGUGUGUCUCGAACAAAUUCGACUGGUUAUGAAGUCUCACGCUUUUGUUCGUACUAACAUUGGAAGUGCAUUUCUCUCAGGGGAGGAAUGUGAGCGCGAGAAAGCUCAUCGCCGCCAUCGGCGAUUGUUGACCGGAGAUGAGCGAUUCCCGGUCAGCGCUUGUGGCGACAGCGUAACAGAGGAAGUGGAGAUCACAAUGUCCAACGGUAUACCCAUUCCUCCCUUUUCCCAUUACCUCUACUUUCUCUUUGCUCCCACCCUUGUUUACCGUAGUGCCUAUCCACGCACUCCCUACAUUCGUUGGCGCUUUGUUACAAUCAACCUACUCCAAAUGGGACUCUGCAUAGUCUACACUUAUUUUAUCUUCGCACGUUUCUGUUUCUCUUACUUCGCUAAUUUUGGACGUUCGGACCACUUCAACUUCUCCCUGCGUCAGCUGAUCACAUCGUCUUUUGGUUGCAUGCUGCCUGGCGCCCUCCUCCUGCUCAUCAACUUUUAUGCCCUUUUACACUGUUGGUUGAACGCAUUUGCAGAACUCUUGCGUUUUGGCGAUCGUCUCUUCUACAAGGACUGGUGGAACAGCGUCACAUUCAGUGCCUACUACCGUACCUGGAAUGUUGUGGUGCACGAUUGGCUCUAUACCUACAUUUACCGCGAUGUCUAUGCAAUAAGUGGACGACAUAGACGCAUUUUGGCUCAAACAGCUGUGUUUCUACUUUCCGCCAUUGUGCACGAGUAUAUUCUCACCCUCGUCUAUCGGUUCUUUUACCCCGUCCUCUUCGUCAUAUUCGGUGGAGCUGGCCUUGCUAUUGCCAACUUGAGAGGACGCUCGAAACUUUGGAAUAUUGGACUUUGGGUCGGGCUGUUCAUGGGCAUGGGAAUCCUGAUGUGCCUCUAUUCCAUGGAGUGGUACGCAAGGAAAAAUUGCCCUCCUACUCAGGGGCUGAUUGACCUUUUCAUUCCCAGAAGCUGGUUUUGCGGAAAUUAA